CUCAAGUUAUGUCAAAAGUGUAAAAAUUGAUAUCAAUGAUCUGAGCUCUGCUGAAAUUACCAUCUUCACAGGAUCAUCGAGCACUAACAGCUACGACUACAAAGGAACUAUGAAUGAAGACGAUAAGAAGAGUUUCACUCUAGACUACAACACAGACACAUACAUUGUUGUUGAACCUUCUUCGUACUAUAACAAGAUCGAUAUUGACCUCGAAGCAAGCUCCUCAUCACCAAGUUCAUCAAGCAAUGCAGGAGCCAUUGUUGGAGCAGUUCUUGGCGCACUUUUUGGAGUGGGGAUCAUGAUCUGCAUCAUUGUAUGAGGGGUAAUAAUGUGAAACAAAUGUGCUAAAGCAAAUGCUCAGCAAGCACAAGCUCGUCAGAACAACAUGGCUGCUGCCAGCCUCAAUCACACUCAGCCAAGACCACAGAUUUAUGAAGAUAUCAACCUGCAAAUGAACAAUGCCCCUCCUGCAAACACGUCCUACCAAAUCCCUCCUCCUCAGCCUCUGUAUCCCUCUCCACAAUACAUGGAUCCCAACAACCCGUACAUGGUGAACGAUCCUUAUAUGGUACAACCUCAGAUAGCUGUUCCAGUUCCUCCAGGUGUUGAUGGCCCUACACCAAUUGAAGGGAACCCAGUGGAUCCAGUUGGGCCAGUCCAGAACGCAAAGCCUGUAGACUAGAGUAGAAUGGAUUCUGAAUUAUUGAGUGAUGUU